AAUCAAAAGCUCUCAGGCACCACUGGAAUAUAAGCACUCUAUAUAUACUGUACUGUAUGCUAAUUCACAAUCAAUUAUGUAUUAGGGUAGCUGUUUUGUUGUGAAAUGUUUUAUAAUGUUUUCUCUUUUCUUUUUUGCCUCCUCCUAGAUGACCCAGUGCUUCAUGUUUACCACAGAUGAAGAGGAGCAGAGAGAGGUACUGUUUUUAUUUUGUACUGUUACUAUGGUUGCGUCUGAAAUGGCACCCUAUUCCCUAUAUAGUGCACUUUCUUUUGACCGGAUCCCUAUGGGCCCUAGUCAAAAGUAGUGCACUGUCUAGGGAAUAGGCUCCGUCUGAAAAGGCACCCUAUCUCCCUUGUACUGUCAUUGGUCAGUGAGGCAUUGGAAUGAUCAGCUUUUUAGCUAUACUUUUUUGCUUGUAAUCUAGAUUAUGUAGAAACACAGUGGGAUAUAGCCCAAAACACCAAAGAUUAUAGUUGGUAUCAACCAUACUGUAUAGAGUAUGGUGUAACCCAUGCAGGUCAGUAUCACCAAAUCCCCUCUGUCCUAACUCUCUUUUUCAUCUUUCAUCUCUUUCUUCUUGCAUGCCUGUGUAUCAGGAUGGGGAGUUACAGGAGGUAUACGUGUGUAAUGGUAGUUUUUUAGUAUAUUUGAACCCAAAGUUUAUCUCUAUAAGAAAUUCAAUUCUUAAUUAUGUAUUUAGACAUUUGGCAUAAUGUAAGUAUUUUUGUUGUUUAAUAAUUGUUAUUACAUUAUAUCAAGAAAUACACUUUGGGUUCCAUGUGACAGAAUAUUAGCCUCUUGGUAGAAGUAGACAUAGAACACUAUUGUCAUGAGAGACAAUCUGCAACAUGUGAUCAAGACAUUGUCUUCACAUCUACAGGGGCCCUCUUCCUGGGUGUACCCCAUGUUCUCCUGCACUUCUGCCAUUAUUGACAGCAUGUCGUCUGAUAUCCAUCAGAAUUAGGCUUAUCAGUCUUAUCACUGACGUGUUGAAAUUUACUUAGGCCCAUCGCUCCUUGCAGAGAUCAUAGGCCACUCUGUUCGCAGUGUGUUGAAAUAUAGUCCAUACUUCCUUGAGAGUCCCUAUCAUUUGAUCAUCCUUGGAGAUGCUGUCCAUAGCUGUAUGUAACUUUAUAGUCCCUCUCCACAAAUGUUAUUGCCACAUACUUACUUAGGGCUUACUACUCCUGGGGUAUAGGCCAAUAUCGACAACAGCUUUCCAGCAUGUUCAAGUAUUCUCAAUGUCAUUGCAAAGUUAAAUGUGGGAUGUGGUUAGUCCACUGUUGACACAGCACCCUAUCUGAAAGAAGGCAUUAUGCAAGAGCUUAGUAGAUACUGGUUUGUAUCCCAAAUGGCACCCUAUUCCCUAUAUAGUGCACUACUUGCCCUGGUCAAAAGCAGUGCACUAUAUAUGGAAUAGGGUACCAUUUGGGACACAGACACUAUUUGUGUCCGUGGUGAGUUAAUUUCAGUUUGGAGAACCUGGAAAACUCUUGACCGACAGGAAGUGUGCGUUCAUGUACUGUGUUUUGGAGGAAAACUCUUGACCGACAGGAAGUCUGCGUUCAUGUACUGUGUUUUGGAGGAAAACUCUUGACCGACAGGAAGUCUGCGUUCAUGUACUGUGUUUUGGAGGAAAACUCUUGACCGACAGGAAGUCUGCGUUCAUGUACUGUGUUUUGGAGAAAUACUCUAGACUGACAGGAAGUGUGCGUUCAUGUACUGUGUUUUGGAGAAAUACUCUAGACCGACAGGAAGUGUGCGUUCAUGUACUGUGUUUUGGAGAAAUAGGGAUCUGUAACUUGUACAGUAUCUUUGACUAGCAUCAGCCUAAUUGGUUACAACUAGUUACAAGCUAUUAUGUCAUUCUUAUCUGAUGUCCUACAUUUGCUGUGUCCUAUCCCUCGAAGCUAUUUAUUUUGGUAGCCACAUGCUAUCUCUAGAGAUUUCACAGAACACAAGCUAAAUAGGAAACUAAUUGAUGAGGGCAUUGUCGAUUCUCAUUAUCAUAAUUGUCCCAAGUAUAGAGCACAGCACAGGCAAUCUGAGUGAGCAGCAACCAUCACUCAGUCUCAACAUUUAACAUCUGACUCGUCCUCACUUAGUCUCCCAAAGGGCAGGGAAGGCAUUAUGCUGUGAGCCCUACAUUUCUUGGGGUUUAUCCCAAAUGGUACCCUAUUCUCUCUAUAUAAUGCACUACUUUUGACCAGAGCCCUGAUCAAAAUUAGUGCACUACAGAGGAAAUAGGGUGCCAUUUGGGAGAAACCCUAAAUGGCCCAGACUCCUGACUGAGGCAGCUAUAAUUCUGUUUCUGAAGCCUUUAACUUACUGCCUCAGGACAUUCAGGGCCCUCUGGGUGUUAUAUCAGGACAGGAAAACAUCUGAUGUGCACAGACUCAUGAUCCUGAACUUUACUUGGUUAUGGCGUGUCUGUCUGACGAUGACAUAGCAAUGCUGGACUGUAGUCUACCUUCAUAAUGACAAAGCAAUGUAUAUAUAUAUAUUUUUUGUCAUUUAGCAGACGCUCUUAUCCAGAGUGACUUACAGGAGCAAUUAGGGUUAAGUGCCUUGCUCGAGGGCACAUCGACAGAUUUUUCACUUAGUCGGCUCAGGGAUUAGAACCAGCAACCUUUCGGAUUACUGGCACAAUGCUCUUAACCACUAAGCUACCUGCCGCCUCAUGUUGGACUGUAGUCUAGCUUCAUAAAGAGAGUGAAACUCUUAAUUUGAUUUAAAUUGAUUCAAAUUCACAAUGAUGGCGUUCAAUUAUACUGGCUAUUGAUGACGUGGAAUGUGUACUUUAUUUAUGUAUAUUGGAAGCAUCUGAGACCCCAGUGAAUAAUGCGUCCAAGCUCGUCCCAGUGUGACAGCUUUUGUGUAGACCGCUGCCAGUCACUAUCAUGGCCCAUAGACAUGCAGAGAUUUGAUCGAGAUUGUUUCCCGUCAUCAUAUCAGUCAAACGAGACAGUUCUUUGUCAGAGGCAUCGUGUGUCUAGUAUUAAAAGGCUAUUUAUAGGGUGUUACUGUGAUAUCUCUAGAAAGGAAGAUAAAUUAUUGUUGAUACUCACAGAUCACAGGGUAGCUUGGUAGCUUUGAUUCUGACUUGGUCUAUUUUACACAGCUGUAAGCCCAAACAGAGGACUUUCUGAAACUUUAAACCUAUACCUUAUGCAGAACUAGUGGAAGAACCUCCUAAACACCUAUUCCCCGUUGAUGUUGAACCUCAUGAAAAUAAGCAAUUUUCCCAUCCCAUCCUCUCCUCUGGAGAUGGUGAAAGGCCUGUGUGGGAUGCUUACUGUACUGUAGUUGCAGCACCCCAUUGGCAUGGCAGUGCCGUCAUACCUGCAUACUGAGCACUUUGGUCUAGUGAUGCUGUUGCUUGCGUCCCCCUAUGUCCUCAGAGGUUAGGAGAGCUGGUGCUGGGCUUCCUGGAGCGAGACCUCCAACCGUCCUGCCAGCUGGCCUGUCUGGAGACCAUCCGCAUCCUGUCACGUGACAAGAACAACGUGGCGCCCUUCGUCACGCACACUGCCAUGCAGACCCUCAGCCGACACGCUGGCAUCGCAAUCUCCCACGGCAACGUGGACUGCGAGGGCGGCGUGGUCCUCGUCCCUUUUGCUGAGAACCCGGACCUGGAGGUCAUCGUGGAGGCGCUGAAGAGCAUCUGCAACAUCUGCUUGCACAACAAGGUGGAGAAAAAAAUAGGGUGAUGUGAUGAUAUAGGCUUAACCACACUGGAGAAUACUGGUCGGUGCUGGGCAAAAAUGAUAUUUAGAUAAAGAAAUAAGAGUUCAGAAUAUAAAGAAUGCUGUCUAUAACUGCUCCCCAGAACUUUGUAUUCCUGCACCAUAAUGAUACAGGAUGCUUCCCAAAUAACACCCUAUGCCCUUUAUAGUGCACUACUUUUGACUAGGGUCCAUUGGGUUAUGGUCAAAAGAAGUGUACUAUAUUGGGAAUAGGGGGUUAUUUGGGAUGUAGCCUAUAUGGGCCCAGGUCAAAGGUAGUGCACUGUAAAGGGAGUAGUGUAAGGGUUGGUGUGAGGUGUGACCCAGGUGCGGUGCAGGUUAGACAGUAGGCAGUAGGCAGAGAUGGUGAAACAAGGAUCUUUACUGAUGGUCCCGAAGCCAGGAUACAAAAUAACGGACUUUACACGAAAAAGAAAGGCGGAGCAAAUAAGACUAAAAAAAACAGGCGGACAGCCAAAAAUACGAAAUACUAACUAUAAUAAAUAAUAAUAAUAAUAAAUAAACAUGGAGAACACUUCUCACGUACCUGUCCAUAUGUCCCGAGAUCAGACAUUGAUUAGUACUGCUUGGCAUAGUGAAACUAGCAGAGAAAACUGAGCAAGGGAACACAGGGAAGUGAGGGCAUAAAUACACAGGUGAAUCAGAUAGACACAGGUGACACCAACAGGGAGAUGAUUAGUCCCGACUGUGAGUGAGGAAGUGCCUAAGGUUGUCGGAGGAUGACACCUAGUGGGUCGCUCCGGAACUGCGACCCACUCCUGUAACAGAAUAGAGUGCCAUUUGGAACGCAUUCCUAAUGAUUCCUUUCUUUCUUUAACAAAGGUGGCUGUGCAGGUGGGCCAGGAGUUGCAGCUGAUCGUUGGCAUCGCGGAGCGUCUCAAGCAGUGUGGCGAGGACCAGUGGAACCACUACGUGAGGUUCUUCGACCUACGCCUCAUGUUCCUCCUCACCGCCCAGCGCGUGGUGAUGCGUACCCAGCUGUUGAGGGAGUUGCGGGGGGUCAGUCUGCUGUCCAACCACCUGGAUGCUACCCUGGGGCUGUGCUGGCCUGAUACCUUCGAGGUGGCGCGGGCUGGGGUGGAGGUCGAUCCGGACUCUGAGGAACCGGCCGAGCUGCCCCCUCUCAGCCGGGAGAAGAUCGAGAGAGCCAUGGAGAUCCUCAAGAUCCUCUUCAAUAUCACCUACGACGCCAACCGCCGGGAGGUGGACGAGGUGAGCACUGAGGAGAGUAGAGGAUCCGGCAUCAGGGUUCGGGUCAAUUCGAUGUCAGUUCAGUCAAUGCAGGAGGUAAACUGAACUGAAAUGGAAUUGGCCCCAACCCUGUCCUCAAUAGCAUAUUACUGUAUAUUGUAAACUUUGCAUGGUGUUGUUGUCGUACAUCAAUAUAAUGAUAAUCAAUCACAGUUCCUCUGCUGAACCUAUAGGAGGAGGCAGCGGCGUUCAGACACCUGGGAGCCAUCCUCAGACACUGUCUGAUGAGCAGCGCUGACACACAGGACGACACAGAGGAGUUUCACAGGUAACAGGGCAGAUCUUAUUAUCUUAGUAAAGGCGUUCUGAACCUAAACCAGGGGUGUCAAACUCACUUCCUGGAGGGCUGUCCCGUGUCUCUGCUGAUUUUGUUAUUUCCUUUCAAUUUGUGUCCAAUUUAGGCCUAGACAACCAGGUGAUGACCAGGUUGGCAUUAAUUGUUCAAUCAAGUAAGGGAGCAGCGAAAACCCGCAGACACUCUGCCCUCCAGGAAUUGAGUUUGACACACCCUGAGCUAAACAGUGUCCUGUGAUAACCCUUUGUGUUUCUCCUGGCCUGCAGUUCUGUGAUAACCCUUUGUGUUUCUCCUGGGCUGCAGUUCUGUGAUAACCCUUUGUGUUUCUCCUGGGCUGCAGUUCUGUGAUAACCCUUUGUGUUUCUCCUGGCCUGCAGUUCUGUGAUAACCCUUUGUGUUUCUCCUGGGCUGCAGUUCUGUGAUAACCCUUUGUGUUUCUCCUGGCCUGCAGUUCUGUGAUAACCCUUUGUGUUUCUCCUGGCCUGCAGUUCUGUGAUAACCCUUUGUGUUUCUCCUGGGCUGCAGUUCUGUGAUAACCCUUUGUGUUUCUCCUGGCCUGCAGUUCUGUGAUAACCCUUUGUGUUUCUCCUGGGCUGCAGUCAUUCACUGAACCUACUGGGGAACCUCCCUCUGUCCUGUCUGGAUGUGCUGCUGAUGCCCAAGGUUCAGCAGGGCUCAAUAGAAUACAUGGGAGUCAACAUGGACGCCGUCAACAUGCUCCUGGAGUACAUGGAGAAGAGGCUAGACAGGGUGAGCUGGGUUUUGACCCUCAACAACAGGUUGAGAUGCUGUUAGAAAUGCUCAGUGGAGUUUUCAAUCUUGUUCCGAGGGCAGCUUUGCCUCGAGGGCAGAACGAAUGAGAUUGGUCGGAUGAAAGCGUAACGGUCAGUGGGCGUAGUUUACAGCACCCAAAAUGGAAUUAGGUAAAACUCAAAUCUGCAUUACAUAGACAACAUGUUUUCAUGAGGGUGCCAUAAACAGUUGCAUGCACACACUGUUUGGACAGGCAUUAGUGUGUAUCCGUUUAUUGCCAUCUCUUGGAUCUCUUGUAUUGUCUUCGCUCCUGGAGCUGCUCUCUGUGUCCCAUCCACAGAGGUUUUUACAGGUGAUGUAAUAAUGUCCCUGCAGAGGGUGUCUGGGUGUGUGGUUGGGAUGUGAUUACCUCUCCAAAUGGGAUGUUGUUAUUGAGGAAGGUGUUAUGGAAGGCACACCAGUGUCUUUGGGGAUAUAGUGAAAACAACCCGGACACAGCUGGAAGGCCUCACCAACAAAACAGUCUAGUCUCAUUCAUAAGUGACACUGCAAUAAUUAAUCUCGGCACCCAGAACCAAAUCUUGUGAGAGACUUCGAUAAUUAAGCAAUACAAUAAGGCCCGAGGAGGUGUGGUAUAUGGCGUUGCGUCGUGCAUAAAAUCAGCCCUUAGCCGUGGUAUAUUGGCCAUAUAUCACAAACCCCCGAGGAGCCUUAUUGCUAUUAUAAACUGGGUACCAACUAGCAGUAAAACUAAAUGUUUUGUCAUACCCGUGAAAUACCAUGGCUUUCAGCCAAUCAGAAUUCAGGGCUCAAACCACCCAGUUUAUAAUAUCUGUCUAAUAACACCCACAGUAUUGGUCUGUGUGGGUCUAGCUGAAGAGAUUGUUGUAAUAUCUGUCUAAUAACAGUUAUGUGUGUUGGUCUACAGGGCAAGAAACUGAAGGAGACCAUGCUCCCCUCUCUCAACCUGCUGACUGAGAGCGCCCGCAUCCACAGGGAGACCAGGAAGUUCCUCAGGAUGAAGGUACGUGAUUGGAUGUUUCAUCUCAUCAUUCAUCCAACUGCAUGUAAAUUACUGAAUGUCCCAUUGAGUUGGUUCUUGGUGUGUUUCUUGGUGUGUGUGUGUGUGUGUGCGUGUGCUUGCGUGUGUGUGCGUGUGCUUGCGUGUGUGUGUGUGUGUGUGUGUGUGUGCGUGUGUGUGUGCUUGCGUGUGUGUGUGUGUGUGUGUGUGUGUGUGUGUGUGUAGGUACUCCCUCCUCUGCGGGAUGUGAAGAAUCUACCAGAAGUGGGGAACGCUCUUCGCAACAAGCUUGUUCGCCUGAUGACCAACAUUGACACUGACGUCAAGAACUGUGCAGCAGAAUUCCUAUUCGUCCUGUGCAAAGAAAGUGGUGAGUGGUGGUGUCUUUCUCUGCAUAUCAAAUAGUUACUUUAAUUUUCUACAAUUCAUAAAGCCCCGAAGUGUGUACCCUCUAUUACUGUGUUGUUCACUGUUGUCCAUCAUAGUAGGAACCUUGAUUUCUGGCUUUCUCAAUAGCCGAGUGAUGAAACAGAUUUGGAUGUAUGGUAACAUGAGACUACCAUAAUAUGGAAACUAUAGGAUUUGUAAUAUCAUUCUUCUCCCCCAUCCACACCCCUUUCCGUCCCCUGUGCAGUGUCCAGGUUCAUUAAGUACACAGGCUAUGGCAAUGCAGCGGGUCUCCUGGCUGCCCGGGGGCUGCUGCGAGGGGGGGGCAACCCAGGCGUCUACUCUGAGGACGAGGACAGUGACACAGAAGAGUACCGCGAGGCCAAAUCUCAGUGAGCUGAAUUUAACUUAAUUAAUAAUAGAGCCAUGUGAUGUGAUGGCCCUGCUCUGUCCUCUGUCCUUGGGGGAAACAGACACAGCUUUCGCUCUUGAAAUUAAUAAAUACAUCCUUUAUUUAGAAGAGUUAAAAAUCAUUUACAUUUAGUUUCGGUCAUCUUGGCCUUCAUCAGAAUGAGUAACAUUGUGUUCUCUGUCCUGGCCAGAAUUAACCCUGUGACAGGCAGAGUGGAGGAUGAGCAGCCCAACCCCAUGGAGGGAAUGACGGAGGAACAGAAGGAGCUGGAGGCCAUGAAGCUGGUCAACAUGUUUGAUAAGCUCUCCAGGUAAAGAUGCAUUUUCAAAGUAGCCUAAUCGCUGAUCUAAAAUGAUUGGAUAGGUGAAACCCAGGACUCCGCUAGAUAUCCUACAGAAACCCAGUCAUGUGAGACCAGGGAUUACUCUAAAGAACAGCAUAAGGAAGGAUGCAUUUAUUCGAACAGGGUCACAGACACAAAUAGCUCACUACAGCAGUGCCACAGGCUCCCAGCAGGUGUCCUCAUCUCUUUCCUUCCCACUGUGGUUCAUGCAUCAGUAAUGAGCUGAGGCAGGAGCUGUUACCAACAGCUAACAGAGUAUAUAUAUAUAUAUAUAUAUAUAUAUAUAUAUAUAUAUAUAUAUAUAUAUAUAUAUAUGUAUUUUAUAUGUAUGUACAGUGUAUGUAUGUAUAUUUGUAUAAAUAUAUAUACAGUCAGGUCCAUUAAUAUUUGGACAUUGACCAAGUUAUUAUUAUUUUAGCUGUCUACCACAGCAUAUUGGAGUUGAAAUUAAAUAAUGAAUAUGAGCUGAAAGUGCAGACUUUCAGCUUUAAUUUGAGGGUAUUUACAUCCAAAUCAGGUGAACGGUGUAGGAAUUACAGCACUUUUGAUAUGUGGUCCCCCCCUUUUAAGGGACCGAAAGUAAUCGGACAAUUGGCUGCUCAGCUGUUCCAUGGCCAGGUGUGUGUUAUUCCCUCAUUAGUUAAUUUACAAGUAAGCAGAUAAAAGUUCUAGAGUUGAUUUCAAGUGUUGCAUUUGCAUUUGGAAUCUGUUGCUGUUAACACUCAAUAUGAAGUCCAAAGAGCUGUCACUGCCAAUGAAGCAAGCCAUCAUUAGGCUGAAAAAUCAAAACAAACCCAUCAGAGAGAAAGCAAAAACAUUAUGUGUGGCCAAAUCAACUAUUUGGUACAUUCUUAAAAAGAAAGAUCGCACUGAUGAGCUCAGGAACACCAAAAGGCCUGGAAGACCACAGAAAACAAAUGUGGUGGAUGACAGAAUAAUUAUUUCCCUGGUGAAGAAAAACCCCUUCACAACAGUUGGCCAAAUCAAGAACACCCGCCAGGAGGUAGGCGUAUCUGUGUCAAAGUCAACAAUCAAGAGAAGACUUCACCAGAGUAAAUUUAGAGGGUUUACCACAAGAUGUAAAACAUUGGUAAGCCUCAAAAACAGGAAGACCAGAUUAGAGUUUGCCAAAAAACAUCUAAAAAAGCCUGUACAGUUCUGGAACAACAUCCUAUGGACAGAUGAGACAAAGAUCAACUUGUACCAGAAUGAUGGGAAGAGAAGAGUAUGGAGAAGGGAAGGAACUGCUCAUGAUCCGAAGCAUACCACCUCAUCUGUGAAGCAUGGUGGAGUUAGUGUUAUGGCAUGGGCAUGUAUGGCUGCCAAUGGAACUGGUUCCCUUGUAUUUAUUGAUGAUGUGACUGCUAACAGAAGCAGCAGGAUUAAUUCUGAAGUGUUUAGGGCUACAGUAUUCAACCCCCUUGUCAUUUUUCCUAUUUUAUUGCCUUACAACCUGGAAUUAAAAUGGACUUUUUGGGGGUUUGUAUAAUUUGAUUUACACAACAUGCCUACCACUUUGAAGAUGCAAAAUAUUUUUUAUUGUGAAACAAACAAGAAAUAAAACAAAAAAACUGAAAACUUGAGCGUGCAUAACUAUUCACCCCCCCAAAGUCAAUACUUUGUAGAGCCACCUUUUGCAGCAAUUACAGCUGCAAGUCCCUUGGGGUAUGUCUCUAUAAGCUUGGCACAUCUAGCCACUGGGAUUUUUGCCCAUUCUUCAAGGCAAAACUUUUCCAGCUCCUUCAAGUUGGAUGGGUUCCGCUGGUGUACAGCAAUCUUUAAGUCAUACCACAGAUGCUCAAUUGGAUUGAGGUCUGGGCUUUGACUAGGCCAUUCCAAGACAUUUAAAUGUUUCCCUUUAAACCACUCGAGUGUUGCUUUAGCAGUAUACUUAGUGUCAUUGUCCUGCUGGAAGGUGAACCUCCGUCCCAGUCUGAAAUCUCUGGAAGACUGAAACUCCCUAUAUUUAGGCGCCAUCCAUCAUUCCUUCAAUUCUGACCAGUUUCUGAGUCCCUGCCGAUGAACAACAUCCCCACAGCAUGAUGCUGCCUCCACCAUGCUUCACUGUGGGGAUGGUGUUUUCGGGGUGAUGAGAGGUGUUGGGUUUGCGCCAGACAUAGCGUUUUGCUUGAUGGCAUAUUUAGUCUCAUCUGACCAGAGUACCUUCUUCCAUAUGUUUGGGGAUUCUCCCACAUGCCUUUGGCGAACACCAAACGUGUUUGCUUAUUUUUUUCUUCAAGCAAUGGCUUAUUUCUGGCCACUCUUCCGUAAAGCCCAGCUCUGUGGAGUGUACGGCUUGAAGUGGUCAUAUGGACAGAUACUCCAAUCUCCGCUGUGGAGCUUUGCAGCUCCUUCAGGGUUAUCUCUGGUCUCUUUGUUGCCUCUCUGAUUAAUGCCCUCCUUGCAUGGGCCGUGAGUUUUGGUGGGCAGCCCUCUCUUGGCAGGUUUGUUGUGGUGCCAUAUUCUUUCCAUUUUUUAAUAAUGGAUUUAAUGGUGCUCCGUGGGAUUCAAAGUUUCCGAUAUUUUUUUAUAACCCAACCCUGAUCUGUACUUCUCCACAACUAACCCUGACCUGUUUGGAGAGCUCCUUGGUCUUCAUGGUGUCGCUUGCUUGGUGGUGCCCCUUGCUUAGUGGUGUUGCAGACUCUGGGGCCUUUCAGAACAGGUGUAUAUACAGUGGGGAGAACAAGUAUUUGAUACACUGCCGAUUUUGCAGGUUUUCCUACUUACAAAGCAUGUAGAGGUCUGUAAUUUAAUAAAUAGAAAAUCUAGAAAAUCACAUUGUAUGAUUUUUAAGUAAUUAAUUUGCAUUUUAUUGCAUGACAUAAGUAUUUGAUCACCUACCAACCAGUAAGAAUUCCAGCUCUCACAGACCUGUUAGUUUUUCUUUAAGAAGCCGUCCUGUUCUCCAAUCAUUACCUGUAUUAACUGCACCUGUUUGAACUCGUUACCUGUAUAAAAGACACCUGUCCACACACUCAAUCAAACAGACUCCAACCUCUCCACAAUGGCCAAGACCAGAGAGCUGUGUAAGGACAUCAGGGUUAAAAUUGUAGACAUGCACAAGGCUGGGAUGGGCUACAGGACAAUAGGCAAGCAGCUUGGUGAGAAGGCAACAACUGUUGGCGCAAUUAUUAGAAAAUGGAAGAAGUUCAAGAUGAUGGUCAAUCACCCUCGGUCUGGGGCUCCAUGCAAGAUCUCACCUCGUGGGGCAUCAAUGAUCAUGAGGAAGGUGAGGGAUCAGCCCAGAACUACACGGCAGGACCUGGUCAAUGACCUGAAGAGAGCUGGGACCACAGUCUCAAAGAAAACCAUUAGUAACACACUACGCCGUCAUGGAUUAAAAUCCUGCACGGCACGCAAGGUCCCCCUGCUCAAGCCAGCGCAUGUCCAGGCCCGUCUGAAGUUUGCCAAUGACCAUCUGGAUGAUUCAGAGGAGGAAUGGGAGAAGGACAAAAAUUGAUAUUUUUGGUCUAAACUCCACUCGCUAUGUUUGGAGGAAGAAGAAGGAUAAGUACAACCCCAAGAACACCAUCCCAACCGUGAAGCAUGGAGGUGGAAAUAUCAUUCUUUGGGGAUGCUUUUCUGCAAAGGGGACAGGACGACUGCACCAUAUUGAGGGGAGGAUGGAUGUGGCCAUGUAUCGCGAGAUCUUGGCCAACAACCUCCUUCCCUCAGUAAGAGCAUUGAAGAUGGAUCGUGGCUGGGUCUUCCAGCAUGACAACGACCCGAAACACACAGCCAGGGCAACUAAGGAGUGGCUCCGUAAGAAGCAUCUCAAGGUCCUGGAGUGGCCUAGCCAGUCUCCAGACCUGAACCCAAUAGAAAAUCUUUGGAGGGAGCUGAAAGUCCGUAUUGCCCAGCGACAGCCCUGAAACCUGAAGGAUCUGGAGAAGGUCUGUAUGGAGGAGUGGGCCAUAAUCCCUGCUGCAGUGUGUGCAAACCUGGUCAAGACCUACAGGAAACGUAUGAUCUCUGUAAUUGCAAACAAAGGUUUCUGUACCAAAUAUUAAGUUCUGCUUUUCUGAUGUAUCAAAUACUUAUUUCAUGCAAUAAAUUGAAAAUUAAUUACUUAAAAAUCAUACAAUGUGAUUUUCUGGAUUUUUGUUUUAGAUUCCGUCUCUCACAAAUUACAGACCUCUACAUGCUUUGUAAGUAGGAAAACCUGCAGAAUCGGCAGUGUAUCAAAUACUUGUUCUCCCCACUGUAUAUAUAGAUAUAUAUUUCAGUGGCGGUCAGUGCUGUUUCAGAUGAGGGAGGACAAUUUUCUGUUCAUGAGCAUGGCCUUAUUUAUAUUACAUUAUAUUGGAUGACUGUCAUUCAUAUUCCAUUCACCCAGUUAAAUGUAACAGCGAUAGGUUUAGGCUACUACAUGAUACUCUUAAUUUUCCCUGUACCCAUCAUGAGGUUGCUACAACCUAGCCUAUGAAUGAAAGUUUACAACGUAGGUCGAGAGACAAAUUUAAUGUGACAGACAGUGACAUUCAAUACCGCCUUGCACACUCUUGCCUGCAUCUAGCUGAUAUUGGGUGUAAUCAUUAGUCUACCAGUUGCAAACGAGAAUUUCUAUUGGACAAAUUCAGGUAUGUUUAUCCCCGUUUUGUUCCGUUUGCUUCUGUUUAAGAAACGUUUUUCAACCGAAUCUGCGGAAUGAAUACACUCCUGAUAUUGCAUAAACACAGUUCAGUUUCAUAGCAGCCACGUUGUAUUCCUUCUCGCAUCUACAUUAUGCGCUCUCCUCCUUUAACCUCUUCCCUAAAACCAAAAGCUUACCUUGACUUGGAAGAGUUCCAGUGUUGUGUUGGACAGUCAUAGCCAGCUAGAUUAAUUAUCUGAUCCUUUUAUUGGGUGGACAACAUGUCAGUUCAUGCUGCAAGAGCUCUGAUAGGUUGGAGGACAUCCUCCGGAAGUUGUCAUAAUUACUGUGUAAGUCUAUGGAAGGGGGUGAGAACCAUGAGCCUCCUAGGUUUCGUAUUGAAGUCAUUGUACUCAGAGGAGGACAGAAGCUAGCUGUCCUCCGGCUACACCAUGGUGCUACCCUACAGAGUGCUGUUGAGGCUACUGUAGACCUUCUUUGCAAAAUAGUGUGUUUUAAUCAAUUUAUUCAACUGAUUGGCUCAAACGCAUCAAGAAGGAAAUUCCACAAAUGUACUUUAAACAAGGCACACCUGUUAAUUGAAAUACAUUCCAGGUGACUACCUCAUGAAGCUGGUUGAGAGAAUGGCAAGAGUGUGCAAAGCUGUCAUCAAGGCAAAGGGUGGCUACUUUGAAAAAUCUCAAAUAUAACAUAUAUUUUUAUUUGUUUAACACUUUUAUGGUUACUACAUGAUUCCAUAUGUGUUAUUUCAUAGUUUUGAUGUCUUCACUAUUAUUCUACAAUGUAGAAAAUAGUAAAAAUGGAAUGAGUUGGUGUGUCCAAACUUUUGACUGAUACUGUAUAUACAGUAUAUAUAUAUAUUUACAAACAAAAAAAUGGGGGAUUGGAAAUGAUGCAGACAAUUACAUUGAUGGAAGCUACAAUCUAUCUGCAAUAUUAAAGCUGAUCUACCCCCUAAAACAAAAACAGCUAACAGAGUAUUCAUGUACUAUUGUGCAACAUAGUGUUAUAAAACUGGUUAGCAGACCUAUAAUGUAGAAAUGUGGAAAUUGACUUUGGAAAUGGACUGUGGAGAUGUGGAAAUGGACUGUGGAAAUGUGGAAAUGGACUGUGGAAAUGUGGAAAUGGAAUUUGGAAAUGGACUGUGGAAAUGGACUGUUGAAAUGUGGAAAUGGACUGUGGAAAUGGACUGUUUGUAAAUAGACUGUCUACCUGUGGCUUAAUCCACUUGCCUACCUCCUUUCCUAACAUUAGUGAUGUUCAAUACAAUGUAAACAUAUUAUCAAUGCAGCCAUAUGUAUAAUGAAUCAUCAUAAAUGUUUGUUGAGUUGAGACUUUUCUUUCUUUCAGGUCCAAUAUUAUCCAGCCGAUGAUGCUGGGGAGUGAUGGUUCCAUGACACAGAUGAAUUCUGGAGACCUGCGACGAAUGAGAGACCAGAUACCACAGGGACAACAACUACACCUACAAACACAACUACGUCUAGAACCACAACAACAACAACCACCACCACCACAACAACAACAAGAACAACAAGAUCAACAACAACAGCAUGGCUCAGGCAGCGAGGACGAGGGUGAGGUAGAAUGAAUAAAAAGGACUGUCACCUGUUGUGUAACCUCUGUCACAGGCUCUGAAGCUUAUCAGUGCAGGCGGAAUCGUCAUCUGAUGUAAGACAAUGACUAUGUAC